AGAUUUGACUGUACUUUUUGUUUCAAGUUAAAAUUCUGAACGAAUAAAAAUAAAACAAGCGUUAUAGGUUAUUUGUGCAUUUCCCCCAACUUAUAUCCGGCAGUCCGGGUCGGGUUAUGAGAACCUCUCGGACCUUGUUUACUUAUCCACACUUUUGAUGAACACAACACAAUGACAGUCUUGAAGAUGACGUUAUCAGUGUCUACACAGUCUACAGUGAAUUAUGUUGGUCCAAUUGCUUCUCAGAAGCAAUUCGUUUCACCCAAAAUUGUCUCUUUUACAAAGGGGCAGUCUCUUUCUCGACCUAUCAAUGUUUCAGUACUUGAACCUAGAAGAAAUCUUGGCGUUUUUGCUGCCUCAACUGCCGCUGCUGUAAGUUUUACGGAUGAAACAUCGACCCAUGAUUCUGUUUCCUCAACUUCUCUUCAAAAAGAG